AUGUGGACAGGUGCAAAGUCUCUGGGCAUAGGGGACUUUUCUAAAGGCUCCAUCCAGGACCGGCGAGGGAAGAGCCGCGCUUCUGGCAAGUGGUAUGGUGGAGCAAGUUCCCGAGGGACGGAAUUUAUCACAGCCUUCCUGGAGAACUCAUUCGAAAGUCAGGGCACUCCUAAACUUGAUCUGCUUAUCACUGGAUAUCAUCCUGCAACCACCAUCACAGUCACAGUGAACAAGUCUACAUUUCGGAAAACGGUUUCAGUCAAUGAGAAGGAGACUGUGUCAGUUGUGGUCCCAGCCUCCUCAGAGAUGAAGGGGACCGACAUUUUUGAUCAGACUGUGCGGAUCCAAGCUGACAAAGAUAUAUCGGUGUUUUCUUACAAUGACAAGCUUUCAACAAGUGCUGCCACAGUUGUGUACCCAGUUCAGCAGCUGGGCACAUCAUAUUAUGUGGUAACCCCAGCGGGGAAUGACGCAAACACUUUCAAGGAAUUUGCAGUUGUAGCCUAUCAGUUUCCCACUCAAGUCACUAUUCACCUGAAAGGGGCUGUGACAUUCCAAGGGAAGGUUUAUGCUGCAGGGAGCAGGCUUGUUGUUGACCUGAAAGCUUUCCAAGCCAUCCAGCUGCAAAGCUCAGCUGAUUUGUCUGGCAGCAAGGUUGAAUCAGUUGCGCCCGUGGCUGUUUUGAGUGGGCACAGCUGUGCCAAGCAGUUCUCAUAUUGCGACCAUGUUGCUGAGCAGCUCUUGCCUGUUUCCAGCUGGGGCACCACCUUCAUAGUUCCCCCAGUGCCCUUCCAAACUCAGACUGACAUUGUGUAUGUCGUCGCUUCCCAAGAUGACACUUUGAUCCAGUACCAGUCUGGGGCCACUCCAAGCUCCCGCCGCGCGGUGGCUGGGGAAGUCAUCCAGUUUCAAAUGCAGCCAUCUCAGUCCUAUUUCUUCUCUGCCAAUGCAGGAAUCCAGGUCCUUUUCUUCUUUGUUGGUAACAGCAAGAAAUACGACCCUUUCCUCAUCAACGUUCCUGCUUUAAAAAGCUAUUGCAUGUCAUAUCACGUUGAUGGGAUUAAGGCAUUUGAUAAUUUUGCUGUCAUUGUAGCAAAAACCUUAGAUUCAAAUGGGAUCACACUAGAGAAGAGAGCCAUUGCGAAUGCCAAGUGGACACGCAUCCCUGGAACAGAGUAUUCUUUCAGUCAACUUAGCUUGGGCAAAGAAGCCAGUGCCCUCUCUGUAGAGCAUCCCAGCGCUCCUUUUGGGCUCUUCAUCCUUGGAGGUGUACAUGCUGAUGGCUAUGGCUCUGUGGCCCUUUGCUCUUGCAACAAACCAGUAUCUCCAUGCAGCUCGAUCCACUGCAGGAAGAAGGAGAAGUGUGAAAUCAUAGGAGGUGGUCCAGUGUGUGUGCCAGAGUCUGAAUCCAGCUGUUGGGCCCAGGGAGAUCCUCAUUAUCACACCUUCGAUGGGAAGAAUUUUGACUUCAUGGGCACCUGUACCUACACUAUUGCCAAGACUUGUGGCUCAGAUGCCACUCUUCCUUCCUUCAGUGUUGAAGCCAAGAAUGAGAACAGGGGAAAUACUCGUGUUUCGUAUGUUGGCUCUGUGACAGUCACAGUCUAUAACACCAUCAUCAAGGUGGUCAGAAAUGAGAAAGGCUUUGUGAGGGUGAAUGACCAGCGGUUCCGCCUGCCCAUCUCCCUGAAUGAAGGGAAACUCCGUCUCUACCAGAGUGGGAGCUCUGUCUUCAUUGAGACAGAUUUCUCUCUGAGGGUUUCCUACGACUGGAACUUUUACUUGGUGGUGAAGCUCUCCAGCAGCUUUUCUGAAAGUGUUUGCGGUCUUUGUGGCAACUACAAUGGAGACCCCGCUGAUGACUUCAGCACCCCCGAUGGGGCCUUGGCUCCCAACCCCAUUGAGUUUGGAAAGAGCUGGAAGGUGGACGAUGGUGACAGGUUCUGCUGGGAUGACUGCCAUGGGGAAUGCAAAAGCUGCUCCCCAGAGAUGGUCAAGAAGUAUGAAGGCAAACCAUUCUGUGGCUGGCUCAGCAAAGGAGAGGAUGGCCCAUUCAGCAAGUGUCAUGCUGUGAUUGACCCCAACCCUUUUCUAGAAAACUGUGUCUAUGACCUCUGCAUGAAUGAUGGCCUGAAGGAGCUUCUUUGUGAGGCACUGAAUAACUAUGCAGUAGCUUGUCGGGAAAAGCAAGUUGCUGUCUUGGACUGGAGAACCCCCAUCGGUUGCUCCAAAUCCUGCCCCGAGAACAGCCAUUAUGAGGCCUGUGGAUCUCCUUGCCCUGCAACCUGCAACAACCAAGCUGAGCCCCAAGACUGUUCCUCAAUGCCCUGCAUAGAGACUUGCCAAUGUAAUGAGGGCUUUGUGUUGGAUGCUGGGAAAUGCAUCUCCAAGGCUGCCUGUGGGUGCGUGUUUGAGGGGAAGUCCUUCUCGUCCGGUGAGCAGUUCUGGGGAGACAAGACGUGCACGAGACGCUGCAUCUGUGACGCACAGAGCAAGCAAGUAAAAUGCCAGCCCGCCAGCUGCAAGAAAGGGGAACAGUGCAAGGUAGAGAAGGGCAUCCAGAACUGCUACCCCACCAGCCGCGCCACCUGCUCUGCUUCAGGUGACCCUCACUAUCUCUCAUUUGAUGGACUGGCCUUUGAUUUCCAAGGCACCUGCACUUAUACCUUGGCUAAGGUCAGCACAAACAACUGGGUCUUGAGAGCCUUUACUGUCAACGUGGAAAACGAGCCCUGGGGAAAUAAGAAAGUAGCUGUUACCAAGAUGGUCUCGGUCACUGUCUAUGGCAUUACACUCACAUUACUGCAGAGCAAGCAAGGUCAAGUGAAGGUGAAUGGCUUGAUCUACACCGUCCCUAUAUCCUUUUCUGCUGGGCGAAUCAGAGCCUAUCAACAUGGCACAAAAGUCCUGAUAGAAACUGACUUUGGUCUCAUUGUGAGCUACGACCUGGUUUACCAUGUGACAGUCACAGUCCCAAGCACUUACCAGGGCCGGAUGCAAGGCCUCUGUGGGAACUACAACGGGAAGAAGGAGGAUGAGUUCCUGCUACCCAAUGGCAUAAUAACCUCUGACAUAGCUAAAUUUGGUGCUUCCUGGAAGGUCCGGGUCUCUGGGGCAGAUAGAUCUUGCUCAGAUGGAUGCUCUGGGAACAGCUGCCCAGUCUGCGAGGAAAGGAAGAAGGAUGUUUUCAAACAGCGCAACUACUGUGGGAUCCUCACUGCGCCUGAUGGCCCCUUCAGUGCUUGCCACGGAAAGGUGGAUCCUGGUGUGUACUUCAGCAACUGCAUCUACGAUGUGUGCCUGGGCAAUGGGGACAGCCAGGUCUUGUGCAACAGCAUCCAGAGCUACGUUUCUGUCUGCCAAGAGGCCGGGGUCUCUGUCAAGCCCUGGAGGAGCCCUUCCUUCUGUCCUCUGCGCUGCCCAGCCAACAGUCACUAUGAGAUUUGCAGCAACCUCUGCUCCACCUCCUGUACCAAGAUCACUGACCCUGCGGCCUGUCCGGAGACCUGUGCUGAGGGUUGCCAAUGUAAUGAUGGCUUCUUCUUUGACGGCCUUGGCUGUGUUGCCGCAAAAGACUGUGGGUGCUUAAAGAAUGGACGCUACUACAAGCCCAAUGAGAAGGUUCUGCUGAACGUGUGCCAGGAGAGCUGCCGUUGCAUCCCAGGCCAGGGAGUAAUUUGUGAGGCCCACAACUGCGCUGCCGAUGAGAACUGCAAAGUCCAAGAUGGAAUCAUGAGCUGCAUUAAUAAGGAUCCAUGCAAAGCCCUGAAGUGCCGAGAAAAGGAGACAUGCAAGAUGGAGAAUGGCCAAGCCAUAUGCAAACCACAGUUCAUAGGAACCUGCUGGGCCUGGGGGGACCCACACUAUCACACCUUUGACACCUUGAAGUUUGAUUUCAUGGGCACCUGCUCUUACACUAUUGCCAAGUACUGUGGGAACGAUGCUACGCUGGUGCCUUUCACUAUCGAUGAGAAGAAUGACAACAGGGGCAACCAGGCUGUGUCCUAUGUGCGUCUGACCAACAUCUAUGUCUAUGGGUACAAGAUCUCCAUCCACAAACAGGAAACUGGAAGAAUCCGGUUAAAUGACGCUAUUACCAGCCUGCCACUGACUCUUGAAGAUGGCAAGAUCAAGCUGUACCAGAGCGGCACCAAUGCUGUCCUGCAAACAGAUUUUGGCCUCCAAGUAACGUACGAUUGGCAAUGGCACCUAGUGAUCACUCUCCCCAGCAGCUACUAUGGGGCCACAUGCGGGCUGUGUGGAAACUUCAACCAAAACCCUGCAGACGACAUGGUCUUUCUCAAUGGCACCAAGGCUGCCUCCAUCAUAAGCUGGGCCAGCAGCUGGAAAGUCAAGGACCGGGACCCCUUUUGCUGGGAUUACUGCCGAGGGAAUUGCCCAACAUGUGAUGAGAGCAAGAGGGCGCUGUAUGGAAAGGAAGAGUACUGUGGGCUGAUCAGCAAAACCUCGGGGGGGCCCUUCAGAGAAUGCCAUUCCACAGUGAAUCCAGAUGAUUUCUUUGACAGCUGCAUUUAUGAUGUGUGUCUCAAUGGAGGAGCCAAGAACAUCCUUUGCCAGGCGUUGGAGGCCUAUGCUAAAACCUGUAGGAAAGAGGGUGCCACCAUAUAUGAUUGGAGGACAGCCUCUGGCUGUGCCUUGCCGUGCCCUCAGAAUAGCCACUAUGAGUUCUGUGGCAAUGCCUGCCCCGCCAGCUGCGCCGACCGCAAGGCUCCCUCUGCCUGCAAACAGCCAUGUGUGGAAACCUGCCAGUGCAAUGAUGGCUACGUCCUCAGCGUCGACAAGUGUGUGCUUGUCGGGAGCUGUGGCUGCACCUACAAUGGGCUCUACUACAAACCCGGAGAAGAAUUCUGGGCUGAUGAGACCUGUGGUUCCCGCUGCACAUGUGAUCCCACCCUGGGCAUUGCGGUGUGCAAACCAGCUGGCUGCAAAGCCAGUGAGCAGUGCAUUGUGGUCAAUGGGGUCCGAGGUUGUCAUCCCGUAAGCACCGCUACUUGCUCAGCAGCCGGGGACCCUCACUAUACCACCUUUGAUGGGAAGAAAUAUGACUUCAUGGGCACCUGUGUCUACCAGCUGGCUGGGCUGUGCUCUAAGGACCCGACUCUCAGGCCUUUCACUGUCAAUGUGGAGAACAACAACCGAGGCAAUGAAAAGGUGUCCUACACCAAGGUGGUGACAUUUGAGGUCUACAAUGUUGUAAUCAUACUUAGCCAGGAGUAUCCACGCAGGAUCCAGGUUAAUGAAGUCUUUGUGAACCUGCCUUUCUACCACGAAGACAAGAUAAAGGCUUAUAUCAGUGGGAGUGAGGUCUUCAUCAAGACUGAUUUUGACCUGACAGUAACCUUUGACUGGAACAGCUAUGUCAAAGUCAUUGUACCCAGUACAUAUGCCAAUGCUGUUUGUGGCCUCUGUGGCAACAACAACUUGAACCCCAGUGAUGACUUGACCAUGAAGGAUGGGAGACAAGCACCUAGCAUAUUCCAUUUUGCAGAGAGCUGGAAGGUGGCAGAGGUCCCAGGUUGUUCACAGGGUUGCACCACUGAUUGCCCACCAUGUGGAGAGGCACAGAAACAAGCUUAUAAGAGCAACCAAUACUGUGGGAUCCUCAUCAAGAGGGAUGGGCCUUUCAGGCACUGCCAUGAGAUCAUCGACCCAACGCCCUACUUCAAUGAUUGCAUCUUUGAUGUCUGCCAGUAUCAUGGCCUGCACAACAUUCUGUGCAAUGCCAUCGGCUUUUACAUGGCAGCCUGUCAGGAUCUGGACAUUGAGCUUGAAGAAUGGAGAUCAGAGUCUUUCUGCAGCCCUGCCUGCCCACUCAACUCUCACUACGAGCUCUGUGGAAAUGGCUGCCCUGCUACUUGCCUUGGUCUCUCUGCUCCUGAUGGGUGUGAAAUGACCUGCAAAGAAGGAUGCUAUUGCAAUCCAGGGUUCGUCUUCAGUGGGGACCAGUGUGUCCCUAUUGGGAAUUGUGGCUGUGAGCACGGGGGCAACUACUACAAGAAGGGAGAGGAGUUCUACCCUGGUUCCUCCUGCCAGGAACGAUGCCAAUGUACAGACAAUGGAGUUGUCAAAUGCCAGGAAAUCUCUUGUAGGCCCCAUGAGGAAUGUAGGGUGAAGGAUGGUGUCCAAGGCUGUCAUCCUGUAGGGUCUGGUACUUGCAGUUUGUCCGCAGGCUCCCACUACCUAACUUUUGAUGGACGGGCCUAUGACUUCCAAGGAACCUGCACUUAUACUUUAGCUAAAGUCCAAGGAGAGGAUGCUCAGCUGGCAAACUUUGCCGUGUCAGUGGAAAAUGAAAGGUCAUUGACUAAGAUGAUUGUAGUCUCUUUUCAUGGACACACCGCUGUCAUUGAGAAGGCAACAAACUGGAAGCUCAAGGUGGAUGGAGAGCUUUAUACGCUGCCCAUGAAGACAAAGGAUGGGAAACUCUGGGCCAACCAGGAAGGCAACAAUAUCAUUGUCCAGUCUGACUUUGGUCUCCAAGUCCUUUUUGACACCUCAUCUUAUGUCCUGGUGUCUGUCCCCAGUAACUAUCAGGGACUUGUCAAUGGCCUAUGUGGCAAUUUCAAUAAGGACAAGACUGAUGACUUUAUUCUGCCUACCAGGAAAAGCACCCAGAAUGUGGAAGAGUUUGGGGCCUCUUGGAAGGUUCCCAUUGAUGGUGUCAGAUGCUCCGAUGGCUGUGGAGAUAAAUGCCCCAUCUGUGAUGCAGCCAAGACAGCGCCGUACCGACCAGAGAGUUCCUGCGGAAUGAUCCAAGCCCAAUCCGGCCCCUUCAGGAACUGUCACUCCUUGGUGGACCCUGCUGAAUACUUCAACCACUGUCUGUAUGACAUGUGUGCAGCCAAUGGUGCAAGAGAAACUCUCUGUAGGAGCAUCCAGGCCUACGUAGCUGCAUGUCAAGCUGCAGGAAUUACAGUUGGAGCCUGGAGAACAAACAACUUCUGCCCUGUCACUUGCCCACCCAAUAGCCAUUACAAGUUGUGUACAAGGACCUGUGAUUCCACCUGCACCAGCUUAUCCACUCUGCCCCGGUGCACCCAGAAUUGCUUCGAAGGCUGCCAGUGUGACGGCGGCUACCUGUUUGACGGUGACAGAUGUGUGGCAAUGGGGAACUGUGGCUGUGUGCAUGACGGACGCUACAUCAAGGCCAUACCCCUUGAGGUGUGA